AUGCCUUUGGUCAUCGGAGCUCUGCUGAUCGCAGUUCCUGCAGACUUUGCCAGUCGGCUCAAGUCGUUGAUAGUUUCUCUUGUGAGCUACGGUCUCGGCACCUUGGCUCUCGGUUUUUGCACCGGCUUCUCCUGCCUGGCGUCUUUCUCUGCCUUCAGAGCAUUCUGGUCAUCAGCCCUGCUCUGUGUGACGACGGUCUACGUCGCCGAGCUGCAGAUUCCCCGGCACCGAGGAAGAGUCCUGGUCUUCCUUCAGGUCUUCUGGCUGCUCGGGGUCGUCGCGAUUCCAGCACUACCAAUCUCCUGGCGAAUUUCGCAGUUCUUUUUCGGCUCCCUGGCUCUCGUCAUCGCUGGACUGGCGGCUCGUUACCUGACGGAAAGUCACAGGCUUCUCUUCUCCAUGGGCAAGGAUGAGCGGGCUCUUGAAUGCCUGAGAAAAAUUCAUAAGAACAAUUCUCCGCAGAGUGAAGAGCAGCUGGAGUAUUGGGCGUCCCUCGACGGACUCAACGACGAUCUUCUCUCCUCGGGGGUGCAGAGCAUCGGUGAAUUCAAGACCUACGUUCCGAGGGCCGUACGACCGCCUUGUUACAGCGCGAUUAUCGUCUUGCAGUUUCAAUUCGUCUUCCAGCUGUGCUACUUCACCAUGAGCUACUGGUUCGGCGAUUUGAACUGCCGGCAGGUUCUGUGGUUCCAAAUUCCAACGACCCAUUCCGAGUGUAAACUCGGAGUAAAAUCACUCGAGGAUAAAUACUCCUCGCAGAACAGAAACGAAUUGACAUCUUCGUCCUGCAGCUCGUCGAGCAUCGAUCCCAGUUACGAGAAAGAAGUGUUGUUCGUUGCUCUCGCGACCCUUCCAUUUUUGGUUUUCAUGAUCAUGCGUAUCGAUCAGUUAGGCAGACCUUGUUUUAUAGCCACGAGUCACGUGAUCGGUGGCUUCCUCGCGUUCUGCGUGCAUUACGUGAUCGGCACGGAAUAUGCUCUGUUUUAUACAAGCUUGAUGGAAGCCAUGUGGAUCGUGAGCGGAGCCGCGUCGUCAUGCCUCGUCGUGGAAUUGUCGAAAACGCGAUAUCGGGUUCUCGGCGUUGGAUUGGCGAACAGUCUUGGAUACUUGGGAAUGGCGAUGGGAACGCACGGUUUACUGUUGAUGGAAGGAGCAGGUUGCAUUGCCGUAAUAUCAUUGAGUGGUAUAGUGCUAACAGGUGUGUAA